CGGCAGUGCCACUGUCGCGGGCGAAGAAGGAGGCGAUAUUUGAUUUUAAUCCUCGUGGAAGCUGACGACGCUCGGUCGGUGGCAAAGGUUAGAGCGCUGGAGCAGCGGAGGUCGGCACUAUUGGAAGCGCACCUGGAGUCGUCGCGCCGUGACUGGCUCGUCGCGGCCAGGCACCACCAGCAGCAGCAGCAGCAGCAACAACAGCAGCAGCAGCAACAGCAACACUUCCAGCAGCAAUUCCAGCAACAACAGCAGCAAUAUCAGCAUCAGCAGCAACAACAAGCGGCUGCGGCGGCGGCUCUGUUCUCACGUAGACACCUACCAGUGACGGCCAACGAGCUUCAGCUCGCGGCGGAGCUGGAGAGGUCGGUGCACCCGGCCCAGCAGCAGCGGCUAACGGCCAACUCGGUGCAGGCGAUCUUGGCUGCCGCUGCUGCGGCGGCGGCCGCCGCGGCCAGGGGCCCAGCAGCAGCAGCUGCAGCAGCAGCCAGCGGCGCGGCUGUCAUCGCGGCCCAACAGCAACAGCAGCAACAGCAGCAGCAACAACAACAGCAGCAGGCGGUGGUGGGCCUGGAGCAGGUCUCGACAACAGGCAUACUGCCGCAGGCGGCGGCAGCGCGUCUGGCCGGGGGCCCCGUGGCUGCGGCCGGCUUGGCAGCCACUACCACGGCCAUAGCCCCGCCGGCGCUCAAGAGGGCCAGGCGCGACGACGGCCAGCUAUCGGUCGGUCAGAUAGCCCAGCAGCAGCAACUGCAAGCCCAGCUACAGCAGCACCUGCAGCAGGUGCAGCAGCAGCAACAGGCCGAAGCUCUGGAACAGGCAGCCGAGGCUCUGCAGCAGCAGCAGCAGCAGCAGCAGCAUCAUCACCAGGCAUCGCCACCGCUCGGCUCGACGGCCAGCAGUAGCGGCAGCGGCAGCGUCGUCGUAACCACGCAGCAGACUCAGGCAGGCAACGGUGCUUCCGCCUGUCUACCUCAGCAAGCUCAAGUGGUCACGAGUACAGCUGCGACGGAUCAGCAGCAGCAGCAGCAGCAAAUAGCUGCGGCGGUGCACGCGGCCGCCCACGCGGCAGCAGCCGUAGCGGCCAGCAACAGCACGCCGACGGGCGUAGGAGGAGGAGGAGGAGGCGGAGGCGGAAUCAUGGACGCACCGCUGUCACAGAGCAUGGACUCGGUCAACACAGUGGCCACCUGCGAGGACGAGGUGCGCACUCUAUUCGUCAGUGGCUUGCCAAUGGAUGCCAAGCCGAGGGAGCUGUAUCUUCUCUUCAGAGCGUACGAGGGCUACGAGGGCUCGCUGUUAAAAGUCACAAACAAAAAUGGAAAGACAGCCUCGCCGGUGGGCUUCGUGACGUUCCACACGAGGGCCGGCGCCGAGGCUGCGAAACAGGACUUACAGCAGGGGGUUAGAUUUGAUCCUGAUAUGCCACAAACCAUACGUUUGGAAUUUGCAAAAAGUAACACAAAGGUUAGCAAACCCAAGCAACCAGCCGCUGCAGCAGCAACCUCACACCCCGCUCUGAUGCACCCUCUAACAGGACCGCUAGGCUCGCCGUUCUUCCCGGGCGGGCCCGAACUCUGGCAUCAUCCACUGGCUUACUCGACGGCGGGCGAGCUGCCGGGCGGCCUGCAGCACGCCACCAUCGUGCAUCCGGCCCUGCAUCCACAGGUCCCCCAACAGCAAAUGUCGCUGCCUCACCCGACGGCCCUGACGUCGAUACACGCCUCGCUGCCGCACUUCUUGCCGUCGCCGGCCCUGGCGUCGCCCGUGGGCUCGUCGUCGUCGCAGCCUAGCCUCGCAGCGGUCAGCAACGCGCCCUGCUCGACCCUCUUCGUCGCCAAUCUCGGCCAGUUCGUCUCCGAGCACGAGCUCAAGGAGAUUUUCAACAGCUUUCCUGGUUUCUGUCGGCUGCGCAUGCACACGAAAGGCGGCUCGCCGGUGGCCUUCGUCGAGUACCAGGACGUGCGCUGCGCCGCCCAAGCGAUGGGCGCACUCCAGGGCUCGCUGCUGGUCUCAUCCGAUCGUGGCGCCAUAAGAAUCGAGUACGCUAAGUCGAAAAUGGCCGAGGUCGGCUUGACCAGCCUCUGGAUCGAAGGAUCAAAGGGAGAAGAAAAUGGGCAACCUUAAAAUCGAUCUGAACGGCAUGUGAGGCACGAGGAUUGAUCACCACGUCGACGACGACGACGACCAUUACCGCCGCAACGAGAAGCAACUACUACGAGCGGCGGUCCUCGGUCGACGCACGUAUUAUCACGUCCUCGCGACGACGAAACGAAACAACAGCAGCAGCAGCAGGAUCAGCAGCGACAGCAAAGCGUGUAUAAGCGAUAUCAUCAUCAGCGUUACUGCAUCGAGCGCGUGACGUAGAACAAAAUUAUUACUAAUGAAAUUCGACGGAGAGUCUUUGGGACGACAGAAAGUAUGAAAAAAAAAAUUAAGAAAAAUUUUUAAUGCGAAGUAAAAAGAUGACACUCAAAUACACACAAAAACUAUUAUCGUAUACACGAAGAGGGAAAAACGUACAAGAAAUUAACUGUGUGUUGUGUGUUUGCAUUAGGGCGAAAGAAGCGAGACGCAACCCUUCGCGAGGGGGUCUCCAGGCUUAUAAUUUUUCAAUAAUCAAGUUCUCUCGUUCGCGGGCCAGGGAACAAGUUUACGUACAGUUUUUUUUUAUAUUAACAUAUACGUUCGAUUAUGUCUUUUACGUCGACUUUGUAUUAUAUAAUUGUAUGACUUGUGUAAGACUUUCCUUUGUAAUUAACUACUUGCAUUGUUCUGUAUAGUUUAAACAUUCGUUAACUUAAAAUCGAUAAAAAUGCGCUCAAGCGCGCAGUAUAUGUUGAUUUUUUCGUAUAUAACAGAGCGUCGGCCGCGUUGGGCGCGCUCCUUUGACCAAAAAAAAGAAAACGAAGAAGUUAGAAAAUUAAAAAAAAAAAAAAAAAAAAGAAUUAUUAUAGUAAACUAUUUGAAGGAAAGAAUAACGACAUAUCAAGCGAAAGUAUAUAGCGUAAAUCAGGGUGCAGCUACAAGUAACUAAAUGAAAGUAAACACAGUAACCGAAAGAAAGUACUAAGUAAGAAAUAAAGAUAAAUAAAAAAAAGCGAAACCGAUGAAAGUAUAAUGUUUAAAACGGGGCCUUCGAGUCGUGAGCGCGCGUCUCCGAAUCCACCGGUACAUAAUAUUAAAUAGAGACAUAAGAAAAAAAAACGAAGAAGAAGAGGCAGCAGAAAGAGAAGUUGGGAUCGAGACGCGCGGGUCACUUCGUAAAAAAAAAUUAAAUAAAAAAGACCGGCGAUGAACGACAAAAAUUUUCGUUACGGUCGAUUUUAAAUAUUGAUUGUAAAAAGGCACUGUUAAGAGGUCACGACGACUCAUCACACACACUAUCACAAUACAAUUUAUUACACACGCAAUUAAGAAAAAAAAAGAAUUAAAGAAAUAAACGAAUGUUUAAAGAGAAGAAAUUAAACGUAACCUUUUAUGGCGACACGAGGUCGCGUCGAAGCGAUAGUAGAAAAAUGUGUGCAAGAGAGAGAGAAAGAGAUGAUAGAAAAGGGGGAGAAGUAUUAGAUUUUAAAAAUUUAACCUUUAACAUUUCGUCGUAGAUAAAUUCGAAUUUUUGCCAGGAAUGAAUGUGUGCGAGUGUCGCGUCGUAUUCGAGGCGAUCCAAGAGUCGGAUAAAAGGUCGAGAGUGCGCGUCGAUGAUGAUUGAAGGAACGAGGAUAUAUGACACUAACAUCCAAGCUUAAUACCAAAGGUGCCCUAAGAAAAUAAAAAAAAAUUGAAGGAGAGAUAAGAAGAAAAAAAAAGUUUAAAGCGAGUAAUUUAAAACGUUUAACUGCGUGUCUUGUUGAUGAAAGUAAAAAAAAAAAAAGCACGACGAAAAGGAGCGUGACGAAGUACGAAAAAAAAUGUCCUAUGUGGGGUCAGUGGGUUUUUAGUAAUUAUUAAUAUACAAUUAAUUAUAAUUAGCCGAGGGGCCGAGUCUUUUCGAAUCGGUUGAAAAACGAAAGUAAACAUACAAAAAAAAAACAAACAAUCUCGAAAGGGAGAUCUGAUACAAUUAACGACGAUUAAUAUAUAAAUAAAAAAAAUUAAAUUAUCGAUAUUAUAAACGACGUAAGACGAACGCGAACAUAUCAUUAGGAUCUAAGACCUUUUUAGCAACAAACAAAAAAAAAAGUUGGACAACAGCCGAGAGUGCGUUGUAUCUCGCAAGUGCGUAUUUUAUCUUCUAUAUACACGAAACAACUGGAUAUUAUACAAUCUCUUACAAAUAUAUACAUCAUAUAUAUUUAUCUUACCGUACUGUAUACUGUACAUAUAUAAACUAUAUAUAAAUAUAUUUGUCAUAGAAUCGGAUUUUAUUGCAUCGAGACAAAGCGACGAGGCAACAAGAAGGAGGGGGUGUGCGCGCGAAACUCGGAGAGAAACGAGUAACGAGGACACAACUGGAUGAGAAACAUGACAAAUCGUGAUCUCGCGCCGCGCGCCGUUUUACGGAUACAUACACACAACGAAUCGAGGGAAUAUUCUCAAAGCCGCCAGCAGUCGGUAAUUUUUCCGGAUUUAAACGCGAUCGCUUCUCUCGUGCUCCAACGAAAUUAUCAUACAACGGAGCAAAACUUCAAACUGCACGGGAAAGUCGCGGGAAUAAUUGAUUUUUUGCUCGAGUGCCCUCGCGGGUUUCUUCUCCCUCUGUAUUACAUGUAGAGGAAUACAGAGUACACAGUUGUUUCGGCUACUGCGAAUGUUCCCUCGCUCGUUCACUCUCUUAUCCGCGAAUCGAAGCGUUUUAUGCAUAUACAUCCCAAUUGACCUUUAUUUUUUUAUUUUUUUUUAUUUUCUCCAUCUCCUUCUCGCGCGUCAUUUCCUUCGCGAACUUUCCGCGAAGUGCAGCAAAGAGAGAAAGAGAGCGAACGCAUCUUUACACGUGCAUUAGAGACAAAAAGAGGAAGAAAAAACGGACGAGAGAGAGAGAGAGACGAGGCCUGCGUGAUAUCUGUCUCUAAUCGCGGCAUGGAAUCAUCUUGCCAGGGCACACGUACACAUACACACACACAGCUUUACAUUACGAGAGUAAAAAGGGACUGCUAUAUAGACUCUCUCUCUCGAGGUCUUAUGGAUGCAGUUGUGGCCGUUGCAGUUGCGCGCCGAGGCUCGAGAGAACGGGCAAGAACCGCGAAGUGGAGAGAAGAGAGAGAGAGAGAGAGAGAGAGAGAGAGCCCUUUCCUUUUUUGUUUCGAAGAGAGCCGAGAGAGAGAGAGAGAGAAAGAGUACACGCGGCUCGAGGAGGUUCAACGACCGGUCGAAUUCAAACAUGACCACAGCGCGCGCCGAGGCGCAGAGACUCGCUGCUGCUGCUGCUGCUGGUGCACUGCCCCUACUCGCUCUCUCUCUCUCGGCUCUAUCUCGCUCUCGCUGCAGCGGCUCUACGUACACAUACGGUAUACAUGCAGUAUAGUCGAAGAAAAGAGAGUUUGAGAAAACCGGGCAAUAGAUGGAUUAUUCAAGCCUUCUUUUGCCUUCUUUUUUUUCAUACCCUAUCUUUUGCACUUUUGUGUAUGUAUGUACGGAGGGGCCCACCGAAUGGGAUCUCUCGAACUCUCGUUGGAAAAACGACCGGAGAUCUUUUCGUUGUGUACACGUACGGAGAUCGCGAGAGGGAAAUUUAUACAUGCAACGCGUGUAUCUUCAUCGAUGCAUCGGUGCAUCGCACGUGUGUGUGUCGCGCGAUUUAUAUUAUUACAGCUCGCGCUCGCGAGAAGUGUACGGCGCAUACUUUUGGAAUUUUUCUGUGCCGACGACGAGCGCUGCGGUGCGGUAGCCGACGAACGAGCCAAUUAACGCGUGCUGUUACUGCUAUAUACACGGACAAGAAAAAGAGUGAGAGAGAGAGAGAGGGACGUGGGGGAAAAAAAAGAGAGAAAAGAAGAAGGUGACAGUCGCGGGAAUCAUUCUCACAGGGGACAAAAGAGAGCUCGAGCUUCAGCACAAUGUGCGCGGAGAAAGAGAAAGAGAAAGAGAUACAAAAUGAGAGAAAGAAGAUGAAGAGAGAGAGAGAAAAAAAAGGGCCACGACUCGGGCACGUAAUCUUGUCCACGAGUCGUCGUCGUCGCGAGUCAUGCCGACGAGAGUCGCUGACGAUGGCCAUAUAUACACACAUACAUACGAACUCGCGAAUGCAUUUGAUGCUACUGGCCAACAAACAACAGCAACAACAGCGUCUUCUCGCAUUAAUAAAGUGGCGACGAGAAGGCACGUGCGAGACUAGGGAAACGAGGAGAGAGUAUUAUGUGCACCACCGUCGGGGGCACGAGACGUAUACACACUCGACAAUUUCAUCAUCGCACAUAUAUAUAUAUCGCAAAACUAAAUCGUGAGAAACAAGGGGUCAACGACGCGCGGCUUCGUCGUUCUUCAUCUUUUUCAUCUUUCAUUCUUUCUUUCUUUCCCUGUUUUUUUUUUUCCUCGUCUUUGGUUUUAUUACAUUUUUUUUCUCUCGUGCGCGAGCUCUACUUCUGUAUCGCGAGAUUCGGCGGGUGGCUUAAUUGCGCGAAAAUUGAAAUUUCCCCGUUGACGCGUGUAUGCAUAAAACGCACGCAAAGUAGUAAGAAACUUUUGGACGACGCAUCAGUAGUGUAUAUCGAUAAACGUAUUAAAAAAAAAAUUAACUUUUACGCGAUGAGUACGUGCGUGUGUAGAUUGAAUUUUUCAAAGUGCUUUAAAGAAAACAAAAAAAAAAGUGAACUAAUUCAUAUCAGUAGGAUUAGACGAGACGCUGUGACCGAUUGUAAAAUUUAAUUUGAAAAAGAGAGAGCGAAAGAGAGCAGGCAAGGUAUCGAGAAAACGAACGAACUAAACGCGGGUGUGUAAAAGAGUAACGACCGAUUUCUAGUGGAGGUGUAUACAACGCACGACAUACUGUGACGUUCGUAUUUUUAAUAAAAUAAUAAAAGACAACGUUCUCUCGGAAUAAUUUUUCUUUUCGUACCUGAUCGCGUUGAAACUUUUGAUACGUGCGCAAAGGGUUCAAAUAUAUGAUACUAGGUGUAUAUCCCUAAUUUAAUGGUAUUUUUUACUUGAAAAAUCUUUUUUACCAAAAUUUUACAUUAUAAUGAAACACGACGCGUUUUUAAUCGACUCGAUAUAACCUGACGCUUAACGUAAUCGUACUUUUAAAAAUAAAACCAACCUUUAAUUGUACUAGAACUAAUGUGUAAACGUGUGUGGUAAAUAAAUGUUUGGAAGAGCAACAUUAUAGAAAAGCAAAUACUAAUCGUACGCAGCAUACAUAGUACAUGAAAAUAUUUAUAGAAUUAAACAGAAACAAAAAAGUAGCGGAUAAAGAUUGUAUCCGACUUGUCCAACUUCGUACUCCUCCUCUGCGAACGACGUAAAAGUUUUUUUACACUUAAAAAACGAAAAAACGUGAAAAAUCAAUUAUUUCCAAAGCAAUGUAAACGUAAAUCUCAAUCGAAGGCCGUAGAUCUUAAGCUAUAAAUGAAGGAUUGUAAAAAGGUAAAAAAAAAAAAUAUCUCAUCGCGCGCUACCGUACACAAACGGGCGCGCGCGUUAAUAAUGUCAAUCAGCUAUUUUGUACCGUGUCAAUCUAGAUUAAACGAUUUUCCAGCGCGUACGCGAGUUUGUUCCUCAUUAGAACCCCGCCUCUAAAUAUAUAAACAAAAAAAUAUACAAAGACCUUGACGAAAAUUUAAAGGAAACCCGCAAUUAUCCGACGACGAUUAAAAUGAUCUUUCGAGCAGGCGAGUUUCGAAUUUCCAAACGCUCUUAAAAAAGAGAGAGAAAGAGAAACAAAAAUAAGAAAAAAAAAUUGUUACGUGCGAGGGGAACGCGACCAAUUAAAACUACUCGACAAGAGCAAAAUUCGCCAACCUCAUGUACACGAACGCGAGCGCAACGAUACUCUUAAUAUACUACUAACUAUUCCUCCUAAAAAAACUAAUACUUCAAACAAGCUGUGGACUGUCCUUUUUAAUCAUACGCGUGUCCAAGUUACGAGCUUAAGUGUUAAAAAAAUUUUAACGAAAGAUAAAUACAACAAAUAAAGUAUCGUCAUUUACGGUCCGUAAUAUUUAAAGAAAAAUUACUUUUAGCGAGGCUCGAUAAUGAUCUUGAAGGUGUGAGAAUAUAACGUAAAUUUUCGGUUUUUUGUAAUUUUUUUUGUCCGUGUAUUAUGUAUAAUGUUGUGGGUGUUGUGUGUAACGAGGCGUCGUUUUAAAGCGAGAGACAUUAGGCAGGUGCGUAUUAAUUAGAUUUAAAAAAAAUAAGUGUAAUUUAACCUGAUGAAAAAUUAACCGAUGAAAGUAUAAACUUACGAGUUAGUAUAUAAGUAAUGACGAUGUGAGAGAGAGAGAGAGAAAAUUUUGAUACGGGACUCACCAAAGAUGUCGACCCAAAGACGUAUGAACGAGAAAAAAAAGGAAAAAAGCUUAAACAAGAUGGAAAAACACGAGUACUAACACUUAGUGAACGUCAACAAAAGUAUAAAAAAACGUAAUGAAAGUAAAGACAGACAGAGAGUGACAUUUAUUAAGCAAUGAAAGUAUCACCAUCGGUAAGAUGUGACAAACAGAAAAAAAAAUAAAAUAACGAUGAGUAAAAGAGCUAUUAUAAUUUAAGAUUUUUUCCUUUGAAUUAUGCGGUAUUUACAAAACAGGAAAAUAAUUAAAAAACAGUUAGUUAUUAAGUCAAUGGCAUUGUAAUAGACGAAACGCAUGAAAGUAUAUUAUUAAUUAAGCGAUGUGAUAAAGUCAAUAUUUGCGGACGAGAGUAUAAUGAAUUAAAGUAAUUAAAAUCCGAAGUUAAGAGAGGAUGAAAAAACAGAGUAAAGGCAGGAAAAAGAGGAAUAACUCCUGGUGAUUCGCGAAAAUUUCCGAGGCGCUUAUUAUGAUUGUAUAUCGUUAGCUUUUAAUCUUGUAAUCAACUUUAUAUUUGUAUAUGAGGAAGAAAAAAGCGGACCGAGAGGACGCCCUAUUCCCCCAUGAUGUGCGACUUUUGUAAUGCGUUUUUUAAGUGCUUUUAUUACGAAUACGCAAAAUAAGUAACAAACAAACAAAAAAAAACAUUAUACAUGAAAACGGUUGAAAGUAUGAUCGUACCUUAAAUCCUAGUGAAAUAUGAUUGUUAUUGUAACCUGUAAGAAACGAUAAAAAAAUGAGCAUUCUCUUGUCGAACUGACAAAGUGAAAUGGAUUAAUUAAAUUUUUAAUUAAAACAUAAAAACCUAGGUGACUUAAACCAAUGAAAGUAAAGAAAAAAGGCGUUUACACUUCUACUUGUGAGCGCUUCUUUUUCGUGUAAUUUUUAAAGCGUCAAUUCUCGAAAAUUUACUGUAAACUUUUAUGAAAGUAUGCAAGAGCCUCGAAAAUUAACGAGAAAUCCAAAGAUUUCUAUUCGUUGUAUUAUAUAUUGUACUUUGCUACGAAAAUGUGCAAACUAAUUGAUAUGAAGUAGUAAUAUGAUUUAUAAAACAAGAAAACAAAGGUUAAAAAAGUAAAAAAAAAAAAA